AUUUCCAAGAACCUCAAUGCUAAGAACAGCUUUUGCUUCUCUGCGUUGUCCCCCUCCACUCACUACAGCACGAAACCUCACAAUGGGUUCUAACGCCCCGCGAACAUUCCUUGCCUACCAGCAUGACGCGAAACUCCACACGCUUGACACCACCGUAACAGCCGUGCUGCCCUUCUCUGCCCUCGAGGAAUCCAACCGCCUCCUCUUCAAGCAAGGCAACGAUGAAGACCACAUUGUCAUCACAGAGCAAACCAUCUUUCAUCCGCAAGGAGGCGGCCAGCCCUCCGACGUGGGAACCCUGAGUCACACCGCCACCGCCACCAAAUUCACCGUCACAGCCGUGCGGAUGGGCCAAGCCCCCCGCGAUGGCCAGGUCCUCCACCUCGGCCGGUUCGAGGCAGCCGCCGCCGGCACGGACGCAAUUUUCAAAGCCGGAGACUCGAUCCAGCAGGCGAUCGACACCGAGAAGCGGCUCCUGUACUCGCGCCUGCACACUGCGGGCCACGUGCUCGGCUCCGCGGUGCGCCAUCUCCUCGAGAACGAGGUUGCGGACUUCGACGAAUUGAAGGCCUCGCAUUUUCCCGACCUGGCCAACUGCGAGUUCCGGGGCCUAAUUGACGGGAAGUGGAAGGAGCCCAUCCAGGGCAAGGUGGAUGAGUUUCUGGCGGCCAAGCUGCCGGUGCAGGUGGAGUGGUGGGAUGAGGAGGACUUUCGGGUGCAGGGGCUGGAGAGGCUGAUCCCCGAUCGGGAGGCGCUGGGAGUUCCUGCUGGGGAGAAGUUUCGCGUCGUGCAUAUUGUCGGCGCGGAGGUCUACCCGUGUGGCGGGACGCAUGUCGAGACAACGGAUCUGUGUGGGCCCACGAAGGUGCGCAAGAUUUCGAGGAGUAAGGGGAUUUCGAAGAUUAGCUAUGCGGUGGAGUGAAAUGUUUGCAUUCUGUAGAAGGCGAUAAAAUUGGAG